GAGCAGAUUUUGACAAAGUAUCGAGCAAAUUUUUUCAGAUCCUACUCCGACAAGUCGGAGUCCGACAAUCGUGGCGCGCUUUCAUCAACAGCUGUUUUUGUUGCGGCGCGUGCGAAGAUAUUUUUCUGGAGCAAAGCAACCCUAUUUCCGACAUGGAGGCCACAAAUUCAGUUUCCAAAGGAGUGUUCCUGCUGAAUGCCGACGCUAAACGGAAAAGAACCAACGAUGGCGCGACGACCUUCCUGGACGAAAGUAUGACGGACGCGCUGUGGUAUCGAGGCUACAAAAAACACUGGGAUAGCUUGCAGCGUGCCAUAACGAAGAUACAGGCCACCAGCUACGGCAAGGUGCUGGACGAUCUGAUGGCCUUUGUCGAAGAUUGCUACUUCUCAACCGAAUACGAUGGUGCUCUACCGACGGCAAUCCUGCUUACUGGCAUCAACCAGACCGACCAUUUGUCCCAGUUCCGGAACCUUACUGAACAUAUCCGUAAUAAUACGCCCUCGUAUGUGGUCAUCUUGCAAUCCAGGGAUUGUUCCGGCAUUAAGCAGGCAAUCGAAUCGAUGGUUGGUGGCUUUAUGGAGCAUCAGUUGGCAGAUGAUGGUGGUACCCUGGACAAACCGUUGCGUAAAAAUCAGCUAAUUCUGCCCGUACUCGAGGCAUGGUAUUUAGAAAAGCACGAGCAAAUGGAACGAAAGCCAACCCUAACCAUCAUUUUGCCUGAGUUUGAACACUUCAAGCCUACCAUGUUGGAAGAUUUCAUACUCAUAUUAAAUUCUCACGCGCCCCGGCUUCCGUUCGUGCUCAUCUUUGGUGUCGCCACAACAAUAAGUUCGAUUCACAGCGCGCUUCCGUACCAUGUGACCAGCAAGUUGAAGCUUAGCACGUUUCAAUCGGAACCAUCCAUCACGCAUCUCAACAAGCUAUUGGAUCACAUAUUUCUGACGCCUUUUUGUCCGCUCCAUCUUUCGGCGAAAACGUUGACUCUGCUGUUGGACAUCUUCCUGUUUUAUGACUUUUCGGUCAACGGAUUUAUGCAGGGAUUGAAGUUAGCCUUCAUGGAACACUACUUCGAUCAACCGAUCCAUGGCCUCAGUACGAUCAUUCUGGACGACGAUGAUCUCAGUGAAAUGGUCGAAGAGUUAACUGCCAACGACUUGCAGCAAAUACGCGAGCUACCGUCGUUCAGACCAUUCGUCGAAUCGCUACAGCAGCCACAGGCCGUAAUCGACAUUCUCACUGACGACGGUCAUCUGAAGCGCUCGCUGCCCAAAAUGCUAUUGGGGGUUCACAAUUAUUGGUUCACCUUUCACUGUGCGCUCGAAAUACUGCAAGCGUUGUUCUACGAUCUGCCGAUGGCACCACUGGGAAAGCACUUGCGGGAACUUUACUGCCAUGCUGCCGCCUCCGAUAUCACGGCACUGCCCGAGUUCCACGAGUGCAUGAAAUUGCUGUCCUUCCUAUCGAAAGAGGAAAUGAUGCUAAAGAUAAAAGCUAUGCUGGACAUCGUAUUGGCGUAUGUAAAUCGUAACGAUCAACUCAAUACCGAGGGACGCAUCGUGUACGAGGUAGCACCCCUCGAGAAGAUAGCCAGUGGUUUAGUGGUGCUGUCGGAAGAGCUUGCGGCCGCAACGUAUGAUGUACUACCGAACGACAAAACCGAUGAUCAGCAACUCCUUUCGCCAAGUAUGGGCAGACAAGAACUAAGAGAUAAAUUGCUUAAUGGGGUACGGAGCGCGAAGCAAAAAUCCGGUGUUACGCGUGCGAUGGAUCGUUUAAUGAAUUACAUGGUGAAGCGCAUUUUUCAACGUUACCUCAAGCCUCCGAACGCCUAUUCCGUACCCUUGAUUGAGCUGUUCCUGUUUAGCGAUAGCGCAGCCAUGCGGCGGCAUAUAAUUGGCUCACCAAGAGCAGCGAUGCAUACGGCGCUCACUAACCCGCAGCACUACUUACAGUGCGAAUGUUGCAUUCUCGAUGAUCCUGACAGCAUUCUUCCGACGCUACCAGAUAUCUGCAUAGCGUACAAGUUACAUCUCGAGUGUGGGAAACUGAUAAAUCUUUACGAUUGGCUACAAGCGUUCCGCGCCGUAGUGGAAGAAAGGCCCCCCGAUGAGCUAGAUGAACAGGUUUCCCCGCAAAUCCAAGCCCGCUUUACCCUUGCGGUAUCAGAGUUGCAGUUUCUAGGAUUUAUCAAAACAUCGAAAAGGAAGACUGAUCACGUUACCAGACUGACUUGGUGAGGCGGCCAAUCGAAGUGGUC